AUGCCGGGCUGCAGCUGGCACACCGACUGCGUGGAGCGGCCCCUGUCGCGCGCGCUCCGGGCCCUCGGCGCCUCCGUGGGCGCCCACCCGUGGCCCUUCCUGCUGCUGCCCUUGGCGCUCUCGGGCGCCUUGGGCGCCGGCUUCAUGUUUCUCCCGAGCCGUGAGGCCAACGACAUCGAGGUUCAGUUCACGCCACUCGGGGGUCCAGCCAAAAGGGAGCGGAGCUUCGUCCAGACGCAUUUCCCGACGGACGACGCCGAGCGCUUCUCUAUGGAGAGGCUGAGCACUGAGGGCGCCUUCGCUUCCUUCAUAGCCGUGGCCUCUGGAGACAGCGGCUCGGUCCUCACCAGGGCGGCUUUCGCCGAGCUGCUGGCGCUGGACGCGGCGGUACGGGGGCUCAACGCCACACCGCCCAACGGCACCGAGCUCACGUACGACCGGCUUUGCGCACGCAACAGCGGCAAUUGCAGCAGCCCCAAUCCGCUCCUCAGCGCCGUGAAGGGCGACCCGGCACAAAUAGAGGCGCUGCUCCCUACCGUCACUUUCCCAGAGUUCCAGGACCACCAAUUCCUGGGCUUCUUCCUAGGGGGCGUCACGUUGGGGCCUGGAGCUGGGCCGAAGCGCCCCGUCCGGGCAGCCAAAGCGCUGCGCCUCAUCUAUUUCUUGCAGGAGGAUGAAGCGGCGCAACGAGAGGCCAGCGCGCUCUGGCUGCACGCCUUUCUGGAGCGCAUCCCGGGCGUGCUGGAGUCCUUGAACCUCACUUCGGUCCGGGUGGCUUAUUUUACUUCAGUGUCCAGACAGGAGGAGUUCGAAAAAAAUGCCAAGGGAGUGAUCCCUUUGUUUUCCAUCACAUAUUUUUUAACUAUAUUUUUUUCAAUAACAUCAUGUUCAAGAUUUGACUGUGUGCGGACAAAGUUGUGGAUUGCAACAUUUGGAGUGUUGUCAUCAGGUUUAUCCGUGCUCAGCAGCUUUGGAUUGUUGCUCUUCUGCGGGGUGCCAUUUGUUAUCACAGUCACAAAUGCACCAUUUCUUAUACUUGGAGUUGGUGUUGAUGACAUGUUCAUCAUGGUGUCCUGCUGGCAACAUACUAAAGUGAAGGACAGAGUCAAAGAUCGGAUGGCUGACACCUAUGCAGAGGCGGCCGUGUCAGUAACUAUCACAACUCUUACUGAUGUUUUAGCCUUCUACAUUGGAAUUGCAACUUCCUUCCCAUCAGUUCAGUCAUUUUGCAUCUAUACAGGAACAGCCUUUGUCUUCUGCUACAUAUACAACCUGACAUUCUUUGGAGCUGUUCUUGCUCUAAAUGGUCGAAGAGAAGAAAGCAACAGACAUUGGCUUACCUUCAUGAAAGUGAAAAAUGAGCCUCAGGAUCCUCAGGACCAUAUGUAUAACAUGUGCUGUGUAGGAGGAUCAUAUGAUGAGUCCACUGGAGCUGAGACUGAACAUCCCAUGAAUGGAUUCUUUAGAAAGUAUUAUGGUCCUUUCCUUAUGCAUAGCUGGACCAAGUUGAUAGUGGUGGUCCUGUAUCUUACAUACCUGGGCAGUAGCAUUUAUGGGUGUAUUCAGCUUAAACAAGGAAUCGAUCUUCGAAAUCUAGCUACAGAUAAUUCUUAUGUGAUUCAGUAUUAUGUUUGGGAACGUGAAUAUUUUUCCGAGUAUGGUCCAAGGGUUAUGGUCGUCGUUACAGAACCCGUAGCUUAUUGGAAUUCAUCUGUCCGUGCAGAACUUGAGAACUGCAUGGAGUCAUUAGAAAACUCUUCCUAUGUGGACAAAAAUCACUCAGAUUCAUGGCUGAGGGUUUAUCAAAAGCUUUCUAAAGACUUGUUUCUAAAUAUUGAUAACCACAAGGAUUUCAUUGACAAUUUACGUAUCCUGUUUACAGUAAAUCCAGCAUCUAAGUGGGAUAUUAAUAUUAGUGCUAUGGAAAUAUUAGCCUCACGGUUUUUCAUACAGACAGUCAAUGUUACUAGUGCAGUGGAUGAAGGAAUUCUCUUAAACCAGUUGAGAGGCCUUGCUGAAAACUGUAAAAUCCCACUAAUCGUUUAUCAUCCAGGUUUUAUAUAUUUUGAUCAGUAUCUUGUUAUAACUCAGAAUACUAUUCAAAAUGUUGUGAUUGCUAGUGGAGCCAUGUUGGUUAUUUCCUUGCUGCUCAUUCCCAAUCUUCUCUGCUCUUUGUGGGUAACUUUUGCUAUUGCAUCUGUUAUUGUCGGUGUGACUGGUUUCAUGACCUACUGGGACAUCAAUCUUGACUCCAUAUCCAUGAUCAACCUUGUUAUUUGCAUAGGGUUUUCAGUAGACUUCUCUGCUCACAUUUCUUACGCUUUUGUUUCCAGCAAGAAACCCAAAGUGAAUGAGAAGGCAGUGGAUGCUCUAUACCAUCUUGGUUACCCUGUUUUGCAGGGAGCUGUUUCCACUAUAUUGGGUGUGGCUGUGCUGUCUGUAGCAGCUUCGUACAUCUUCAGAACCUUUUUUAAGAUAAUGUUUCUGGUCAUCAUGUUUGGAGCUGCUCAUGGUCUCAUUUUUAUUCCUGUGUUUUUAACAUUCUUUGGCUUUUGUGGCAGGCAGGCAAUCACACAGGACCAAAUGAAUGGCCAAUGCUAUGAAAACUCAAUCGUUGUUGAAGGAAAUAUUAUAAAACUGCCUCCUUUCAUUGCAGAAGCGGAACAGAUGCAGCUUCAGAGCCAACGGCAGCAGCAUGGCCCAUUGGUGGUGGUGGUGGCUUGCUACAGCCCUCCAAGAAACGGCGCCACCAUUCCACGGGGACGAGCGGAGAGGGGGGAGAAAAGCUCCCCUGCCUCCUUGUUGCUGCAGUGGCGUCCACAGCUCGUGUCCCUCUACAGCUGCAGGUUUGGGCUGCGGCAGCUGCGGGGGGACACAUGCCGCAUUGCUGGCUCCUUGUCCCUACGUUUCAAUGCCGAGGUUGGAGAGAGCUGUGUCCUCGGCCUUGGUGUCAAAACAAAUGGAACAGGACGCCAGGCAGGCCAGCAGAGGGAGCUGUCGGCGUCAGUUCUCCCCCUGCGCUCAGCCUUGAAACAAAUGGGGAUGCAUGUGCUGUGCAUCCCCAUAUCCCUGUACAGUGCACGCAUCCCCAUUUGUUUUGAUGCCGAGGCCGGAGAGAGCUCUCCGGCCUCGGCAUCGAAAUGA